GUGAAUAUAGGUUAGGCAAGUGUCAAAAAACUAAUUUUAAGAGGUAAUUUAUUAAAAUUGUGAAUAAUGUCCAACUAUAUUACUGGACCAGAUGUUGUUAAAUAUGCCUGUUCCUGCGGUCUUCUUAAGCCUAUAACAAGAUUAUACUUUUGUCGUCAUUGUUUAGAAUUAAGGUGUGGAUUCUGCGUUUGUCAUGAGGUGGAUUCUAAUUACUGCGGUAAGUGCUGUGAGAAUUUACCGUCAGCAGAAGCAAGAUUAAAGAAGAAUAGGUGUGGUGAUUGUUACGAUUGUCCCAGUUGCAAACAAAAUUUGUCUAAACGAGCAGCCACGGUUGGUCCAAAAAAUCCCGAGGACCCAAAAGCAACACCUCGUAAAGUUUAUUAUUUGCUUUGCUUAAAUUGUCGGUGGAGUUCGAGAGACGUUGGAAUACCAGACCAAGCUGCAGCUACUGGCAGUUGGCCUGAAAGGGAAAAUGUUCAUGCUGCAAGGCUACAAGAAAUCAUUGAGAUGUAUAAAGGUAUUGUUUUGGCUGAAAAACAGCAAAAAAUGGAGAAAGACAAGAAGAAACAGAGACGAUUUAUGACAUUUACAGAUAGAACAGGAAUAACAGCCUCUAUGUUAAGAAAGCGUAUUGGAUUGCCCGAUAUUCCUCAUCCCCUUCUAAAACCAAAACCUAAAGAACCUGAAGAAGCAGUUGCUAAAGAAGAAGUUGAAGAGUUUCCUGAAGAGCUGUUAACAAAACCCAUAAACCUCAAUGAAAUUACUACCCUUGAACAGAGGCUUAAUUUACCUGAAUGGCAGCCAACAACCGUUGAUAAACUAUUCCCUAUUCAUAAACAAGUAUCAGUCAAAAGAUCACAAAGAUGCAGGGCAUGUGAACACAACGUUAGCAAACCUGAGUAUAGCCCAACAUCGAUUAAAUUCAAAAUUCAACUUUUUGCUUUUUAUCAUAUUCCUGAAGUAAGAAUUUUUACUGUUGAACCUCUAAGGGCAGGUAAACAAUGUGAACUUCUUUUGAAGUUUUCUAAUCCGACUCAACAUCAAACAGUUAUUACAUUUUUACCACUUUUCCCUUCUGAAGAUUCUUUUGCUUCUAAAGAAAUUAAAGAACUUGUGCCUGAUGAAGAAGUACCUUCUAGGGAGAUAGUGAUAGAAGAGAAACAGCCCCCAUCUUUACCGGGCAGUCAACCUAGUAGUCUUUUGCAUACAUCUUUAUCUCGUACCCCAUCAAUUACUGUUAAACCUCGUCCUAUUAAGCAAGCUAUUACAGCAAAUGUAGAAUUGCCUACAAGUAAUUUUGUGUUGUUGCCAAGAGACGAUGCUGCGGAAUUUGAUGACUCUGGAGAUACUCAUAAUAUACAAGAUGACACGAAACUUGUAGUUUGGAGAAAAUCAAAUAAAGCUGUUAUCAGAUUGAAUAUUACACCUUUAGAGAAUUUAAACAUUGGAGAUGAAGUUGUUGUUGGUUUUACAAUGCAACAUAUUUAUGUGAAUACAAUAACAGCCGUAGAAAGUAAAGAACCCCAACGGUAUAAUAAUAAUGUUAAGGUUUUUCAAUAUUUAGGAAAAAUUGUAGGCUCAGAAUAAAAUAUUUAAUUACCAGGUAAUUAAUUCAAAUAGUGUAUCUUAUUAUUGUCUUUUGUACUGCAGCAUGCUUAACAUUCAUUUUAAAUUAUAAUACUUUUACAUAAUUUGUACUUCUUUUUCUACAUAUAUUCUUG